AUGGCCGCCGACACGAUCAAGAAUGAAGUCAUAUUACGAGAAAGAUCCAGCAAAGAAACCAAAAUAGAUUUGCCCCGGAGCUUGGUGUCUCGAGGAAAGGAUCUGUGGCAUUCCCGCCGAGUGUGGAGAGCUUGCAGGACGCAAUCCAAGCGCCAAAAAAUCCAAACAAAAGCAUGUCCGGGAAUUGACGCAAUAAACAGCGUCUUCGAAAGCGUGCGUGCGUGUUCCACACGCAGCACGAUUUUAAGGGCUUGCAGUGUUGUUUAUUUACCUUUUCCGCUGAGCAUCCCGGAGCUCGAGUUCAUCAAAACCCCACAAUUUCAGAACAACGUAACAUUCCGCUGUUCAAGCACUACUGUUCCACUUCGUUCAUCCACGAUAUUGUGGGCCUUCCACGAGAUCACAUGCGGCUCACGUUUCACUAUCUACCGUGGAAAAAUGCCUCUGUGUGUGAUUCCGGCCGGUAUGAACGGUGUACGGUGUGUGCCUUUUAUUCUAUUGAAUUUGUCCGGGUCUGCCUGUGAGGUCUUCCAAGGUUGCGGUUACUUCCAGAAUUUUUGUCCUUUUUGUCUUUUUCGUCUUUUUUGCUCGUUUCUCUAUCGGGCCUUCUACGCAGUCUCUUGA